UUUUCACCCUUUUUUCCUCUCUAGAAUCCUAAAAUGGCCCCAUUUAACGGCUAAAAUAGUGUGAAGAACCAGAAACAAACACCGAGCAACAGUAGCGGACAUUAAAUUCCGUGCACUUAAACGGUGCACAUUAGCCUUUUGCAAUCACCUUCCGCCACAUCAUCGAACGUCACACCUAAUUUCCCGCAACCUUUCUUCUGCACACACCUAGGGGUUAAAGGGGUGGGUGGUAUCAUCUCUAUUUCUUCUUCUAACACACACAGCAGCAAAAAUUAAAUAAAAAACUAGUAAAAUAAAACACUCAUACAGUAUUAAUUAAAAUGAAAUUCGAAAUUGAAAAUUAAUUUUGUUUCCAAUUUUGUCCCAAAUUUUGGCUCCCAUUUCAAUGGCUCCAUCAAGUUCAGCGUCACCGUCUCCGUCGAUGGCUGCGCCGUCGUUAUCGCGUCCUCCGUUAACUCAACGUAAAGUCCGUUCAUCAGCUGACAGGUCGAUAUCGCCGCCGCCGAAGAAAUACAGGUCGAUGACAGAGAUCAUGAAAGUAGCUAAGCGUGUUGAGUUACCUGCUGACGUAGACGACGGCGAUAAUGGCGGCGAUGAGGAGGAGGAGGAGGAGGUGGAGGAGGAUUACGGCGGAGUUGUGUGUGAGCAAUGUGGCUCAGGGGAAAGAGCGGAGGAGCUUUUGCUGUGUGAUAAAUGUAACAAAGGGUUUCAUAUGUUAUGCCUUAGUCCUAUUGUUGUUCGUGUACCUAUUGGACCAUGGCAUUGUCCUCAUUGCUCUGGUGAUCAACAUCGCGUUAUUAAAAGUUUUUCGCAAAAGAAGAUAGUUGAUUUCUUUCGGAUUCAGAAAGAGAGUCAGAUUGUGAUAAGGUGUACAUCUGCUCAAGCAGAUAUCAGAAAACGCCGGAAGCGUUCACUAGUUUUCCACAAGAGACGCAGAAGGCUAUUGCCAUUUACUCCAACAGAAGAUCCUCAACAGAGGUUAGAUCAAAUGGCAUCUCUUGCUUCUGCACUGACAGCUCUCGGUAUGGAAUUCAGUGAUGAGCUAACUUACAUGCCUGGCAUGGCUCCUAGAUCGGCUAACCGUGCGAAGUUUGAAAGCGGUGGAAUGCAGGUUCUCUCAAAAGAAGAUACUGAAACCUUGGAGCAGUGUAGAGCUAUGUAUAAAAGAGGGGAAUGCCCUCCUCUCAUGGUAGUUUUUGAUUCUCGUGAAGGCUAUACUGUAGAAGCUGAUGGGCCUAUAAAGGACCUGACAAUAAUCGCAGAAUAUACAGGCGACGUGGAUUAUAUCAGGAAUCGGCAGCAGGAUGAUUGUGAUAGCAUGAUGACCCUUCUUUUAGCAACAGACCCAUCAAGAAGUCUUGUUAUAUGCCCUGAUAAGCAUGGAAACAUUUCUCGGUUUGUUAAUGGCAUAAAUAACCAUUCACCGGAGAGUAAGAAGAAGCAGAACCUGAAAUGCGUGAGAUACAGUGUAAAUGGUGCAUGUUGCGUUCUUUUGGUUGCGCUUCGUGAUAUAGCUAAGGGAGAGCGGCUGUACUAUGAUUAUAAUGGAUAUGAGCAGGAAUAUCCAACACAUCAUUUUCUUUAAAUUUCGUCUUAUGUAGCUUUCCUACUGAACCUAGGAUCAGGAGAUCUUUCUUCUUCAUAGCUAUACAACUAGUACAGAUUAAAGCCUUUUCUCCCUUCUCCUUAUCUUGAUUUAUCAAAGUGUCUAGGUGAAUGGUGGCCAUUUAGAUGGAGAUAGAUACACCGCAGCACAGAAAAUUUCGGUCAGUCCGAAAAGUUUUGGAGGUUUAAAUUACUAGGUACCAUUGUCCAUUUUAUUUAUACAUUGACAUAUGUAGAUGUACUAUGUAAUUGCUUCGAGCACAAAUGCAUCAGUUCUACAGAGUUUUAGAGGUGACUA